AUGUCUGAAUCAAGCAAAUCACCAUUAUCAACAACAAGUGUUUUAGGUGAUAUUUCCAGUCGAAAAGAGCGAUUUAAUACUGAAUUAUCGAAAUUGAAAAAUGACUCGUCAAACAAUCCAUUGUUUACAGCAGACCGAUACGAAAACACUGUUUUGUCAGUACAACAAGCAAAGAAGAAAUGUUUUGCCGAUCGAAAUGUGAAAGAAAUAGCACUUUUGAGAACCUACGAUGUCGUAGUCUUUGGUAAUUACUCAAAAUUAGUGAAAAAAUCUAGUUCAGCGGUCGAAGGCAUUGCAAAAUAUUAUGUGGUUCUCGUUGUCACAAUUCUUUAA